AUUUUGCAUUUCCAGGGGAGAGGUCUGUAUGUAAACACAGAUCUCUCCCGUCAGUAUGAACAGGCUGCUUUGUAUUGCUCUGCACAGCAGAGCAAUACAGAGCAGCUUGUCUGCAUAAUAAAACACAGCACACUAUUAAAACACUCCCGGCACACAGUUAACCCUUUGAUUGCCCCUCACAUUAACCCCUUCCUGCCCAGUGCCAUUAGUACAGUGUCAGUGCUUUUUAUUAGCACUGCUCACUGUAUUGCUGUCACUGGGGAUGUCAGUGACACCAAGUCAGUCCCCCCCCCCCCCCCCCCCAGUGUCAGAAUGCCCGCAGCAGUCCUGCUAUAA